AUGAAAAUGGAUAUAUGCUAUUUUUUCUAUAGCAUAUAUAUCAUAAUUAUGGUAAUUUUUAAGGAUGAAUAUGUUUUAAUGAAAAGUAAUUUAAAAGAAAACAAUUUUUUUAUAACUAAAUUUUAUAAUAAUAAAUUAUCAAAAAUAUUUCAAAAAGAAGAUUAUCAUUUUUUCCGUUUAAUAUUUUUAAAGUUUCUUAUCAAAGUAAAAUUUUUAAAUAAAUAUAACACAUUAGAUGAUAUAGUUAAAACAUUAGAGAAAAUAAAAUUUGGUGUUAAUCAAAAAAGUGACAAUAUAUAUAUGACAUUAUACGAUGAACUAAAAGAUAUAUCACUCAAACAAUAUAAAGACUUGCAUGAAAAAAAUCAAAUAGAUAUAGAAAUAGAAAAGCUUACAUUAAAUAGCAUCCAUAAAAAAACAUUAUUGUCUCUAGUCCCUUUUUCAGAGAAACAAAUUUUUAAUUCUAAUGAUAGUUAUAAAAAAACUCAUUUAAUUUUAGAUAUAUUAUAUGUAUCAAUAAUAACAAGUUAUCAAGUUCUAGAUGAAGCAACAAAGAGAGAUAUGUUAAUGUUAAUGUAUCAAAAUACAAUAAAUCAAUGGAUGAGUUUAAACUUUUUAAGAAAAAUAAUGAAAUAUAAAUUAUCCUUAAAUAAAGAUAAAAUAUUAUUAUAUAUAUCAUUAAAAAGAAAAAAUGGCAUAGAGACAACAACUGAAGAAGAAAUAAAGAAUAUUGAGACAGCAUUUAAAAAUAUAUUAAAUGAUUUUAUAUAUAAAUUAUAUCCUAAAUAUAUAGGUAAUGGAGACUCUGCUUUUAUAAUUAAUGAUCUUACUAAAGUAUAUAUCCCAGAAUUAAAAGUUAUAGGUUAUCAAACAAAAAAAGAAUAUAAAUUAUAUCACUUUGAAAAUAACAAAAAAUAUUUUUUUUCUAAUUACUUCAAAAUAGAUGAAAAUAAAAAUAAAAUGAUUAUUCAAAUUUUAUUAUCUCAUUCAUAUGAAAGUGAAGAAAAAAUACAAGAUAAGUAUGAUAUUUAUUUUACUAUAGAGUAUAUUUACAAUAUUUUAAUUAAUUAUUUUCAUUAUAAUGAUAAUUUUUUAUCAUAUGAAGAUCUCUCUUUUUAUUCAUCCAAAUAUAUAUUUGGGGACCAAAAAAAUAAUAAAUCUGAGGAGGAAGAAAAAAAAUAUGAAGAUUUAUCGUUGCACAUGUUUUUAAAAAUUAAUAAGAAGAUAAAAUUUACAUAUAGUUCAGUUCAAAAAGCUCUUUUAAAAAAUACGAAGCAUAUUAGUUAUUUAUAUAAUAUUCAUUUUUAUGGAGCUUGUGUAAAAUAUAAACAUACAGAUAUGAUUAAACUUAUUGGACAAUUUGGUGAAGGUAUUGAUAAUAAUUUAAUUAAUAAUGUAAUUAUUAAAAUGAAACCAAAUGAAAUAAUUGCACAUGUAAAAAUAUAUUCAAAAAAAAAAGAAAAAAAUGAUUUACAUUAUGUAUCUACAAAAGAAAUAAAAAACCAAUUAAAUAAUUCCAAUUAUUUUUAUGUCAUAUAUUAUUUGGUAGACAGUACAAGGGAAAUCCCUAAACCGGUAAACUGCAAAGCUUGCAGAUAUCAAAAAUAUCAUUAUAUAACACUUUUAAUUGCUGCAGUUGUUCCUUCUUUAAUUAUUUUUAUAUUAUUUUAUAUUAUUUAUUACUUUAAAAUAACAAAAAACAAAAAUUCUAAAAAUACUUGUUUAAAAAAUUUUUCUCGAACGUAUCCUAGACUAUUUUAUGUUAAAACAUCUUCAAAUCAUUAUAUAAGAUUAAACAGAAAAUACAGAAAGAAAUUGAGUUCUAAGCAUGCAAGAUCAGUUUUGAAAAAUGGAUUUAAAAAUAAUUAUAAAACCUAUUACAGUAAAAAAUUUUCUAAAAGCUUAUCUAGUAAGAACAGUAUUAUCUCUUAA